AUGGAGCAAGUGCAACUACCGAAGCUAGUAAUUGAGCCAGAUAAGGGCACGCAAGCGACCAAACCUCUCAUUCUUUUCCGUCAGCAACUGCCAGUCAAGUCAGAUCAGGUCAUGUCUCACGUGGAAAAGCAUCUCCGAAAUGAAACAGGCACUUUUGGGGAGCCCCAGAAGCCAAGAGUGUGGGGAGCUCCACUAAACGACACGCCAAGAGAGUUUCGGCAACAGGGCAUGCACUUGUAA